AUGCGCCUGUUUUUCCUCCGACAUGGCAUGGGCGACUUGGCCUCGAAUCGUUCCUGCCCAGACCGGUUUUGGAUCCCUGAACGCAUGCAGUCCCGAUCUCUUCGUCUUACGAGCCCCCUUGGUCGAGGCUUACGGAUGCAAAAGUAUCUUGAGCUCAUCGAGGAACACCCGGAAAUCCUUGAGAGGAAAGUGUAUCGCAAGAGGCCCUGCUGUGGUUGUGCUGCGGUCAACGGCCUGAUUGGAGUGGACCUUCUCGUGAGGCGUGAACAGUUUUGUGAGUCGCUUAGUGCGACGCAAUCCCGCGCAUGGCUCGAGAAGGCAUGUCACGUGGCGCGGGAUGAUGCAUGGGCAGUCAAUCCAGUGACACGUGCCCUCAUGGAGCAGGAGGAGAAUUUGGAACUCGCUUCUUUCAAUGCCGGCAAGGCGGCCAUCGCCAGCGGCUCAGCUGAGCGUGGUCCACCGCUCAAAGUUCGUAUGUACAAGGCUCUCCUCAAAUGUGUCGAGGACCAAUCGGUUUUUUUUGGGCAACUCACGAGAGCAUGCAUGGCAGCCUCUCCAAUGCAAGCCGACCACCACCAGAAGGCAAGCUGUACACCUUCGCAGCCUCAGAAAGCGGCCGCGCCUUACGUCGUGUAUGGGGAGGGCCUGCGCUCGCCGGGCUAUGGACCCGCCUCGGGGAUGGGAGUUGGCCCGCUGUGGGAGUUAAAGCUGGUGUUCCCCGUGCUUGGCUGGGUUCUCGUGUGCCCCUUGGUGACCCCGUUUUCUCCUUUCUUCUUGGUUUUGGACUAUUCCCUGCUUCUCUUCACAUCGUUGGGCACUUCCUCCUGUGUGGCGCUGGGUGCUCUUUUGUCGAACACUUGUCCACCCUCUGUGACGCUUGGGCGAAUGGAGCGGAAGCUGCCACUGAUGCUGCUCCCUCACAGCGGCCCUUACCCCUCAAUUCAAGCACCCAUUGUUCCAGGCGUUGGUCAGGCAGCUGGCUGCACAGAGUUUGAUGGUGAGUGCCUUCAGGCCUUACAAGCAGUCAGCCGAGAUGCCGUCGAGAGCUACUACCAUGGCAACAGACCUAACGGGGACGCCACGUCGCUGUUUAACUUCUCGUUCUCUCCAGCGGCAGGUGUGCUGCAGCCUCGCGCCUUGCCAAAAGCGGGACGGAGAGUACCCCCGUUGUGGCGCGCGCCCUGCACGAUAUGCUCCACCCCCGGCCCUGCGACGGUUUUGGUGGAUGAAGAAGGAGCUAAAGGUGGAGCCACGGGGACCAAGGGACCUCCUAAGAGGGCUGCAGAGAGUCGGGGCAGUGUCCGGGCGGCGGAUGAGGAUGAGGGAUUCGAUAAGGAUGACGUGCGGGCCUGGUCCAAAGGCAAAGGAGGCGGCAAAGGACUUAAUGGUGCUGGCAGAGGGUCCAAGGGUCCACCCAAACGGCCAGCCGAAAGCAGGGCCAGCAUCUUGGCGGCGGCCGCUGAGGCGUGUCAGAGCGACAUCUCCUUGGACUCAGGAAGACCUCAGCUGCUUCCAGGUUGUUCUGCGAGAUGUGCCGACUGGUCGGGCUGCGAGCCCUUGGGCCUCUUCGGCGACUGCUGCCCAGACCGUGGCGGUGAGAUGUUGGGCUGCUGCAGCGCGCGGCGGCUCACCUCGCAGAUCCACCGGAAGGGCGUCACCGUGGACGACACGACACUGCGCUACUGCGCUGGGCGCAUCCCUGAGACUUGGCCCAACACGGAGUCCAAACUGACCUCACUUCGUAUCUUUCAGGCCUGGAACAUCCAAUGGCCCGCCGAAGAACGGCGGAGGUCUUGGCAGGGUCUCAGCGACUUCGUGAAAGCGCGAGAGAUCAAGGUCUUAGUGGGGACUCCGGUCACCUGUGACCUGGACGACGACGAGACCACCUGGCAGUGGACCAAGGACCAAGGAGUUCUUGCAGAUGAUCGGCCCCGAGCACCUUGGCAUGUGAUGGGCUUGGCCAUCGGCAAUGAAUUGGAAUUGCUCUACUUGCAUGGAAUUCGGUCGAGCUGUAUCCAUGAGCUCUGGGAGGGUGGACGGCUCUGGAGGAUUUUCACUCGCCGUGUGGCUGAGUUUGAUGAGAUGGGUUUCAAAGAUAUUCCCGUCACCAGUGUCUUCACUGCGGCCAUCUUGGAUGGACAUCCCUUCAUGGAAGUUCGAGGAAAAGCCUUGGUCAACAGCUUCUUGCGGCAAGCUGCGUGGAAAUACCGAGCGCGUUAUGCAUUCACGUUCAAUGUUUAUCCCUACUUCGAUCCCAACUUGCAUAUGAAUCCCGGCAGUCAGGACAACUGCAGCCAUGCGAUGCAGCGUGCGAUCUGUUGGGAUGGCCCCCAGUGUUUAGGUCUUGCUAUCAUGAUGGCAGCACGGCAGAAGAUGCAGCUGCUGACUGGCAGAUCUGAUGACCUCUUCUGGAUCGGCGAGAUCGGUUGGUCGUCACCGCGAGCUGAUGCACUGCACACAGAUAUGAGAGGAUGUCAGGAGUUCUCGUCCCUGAUGACGUUCGAGAAGUUCUACCAGGGCUUCCUGGACUGGGACCUGGUUCUGUCGGGCGUGCGAAGCCCGGAUCACAUCUUCUACUUCACCUUGAGGGAUGCCUUAAACUUUGGUGUCCAGGAAUUCUUUGGGCUCUUGUCGUCCUGUGAGUCCUUGGGCUGCAAGAUCGCUUCCCAGGAUUUCACGGCGGAGCAGUGCGCGCUUCAGAAGUCCUGGUCGCUGACGUGGCGCUCCUGGGGCUUCAUCAGCCUCGGGUUGCUAGUGGUUUUGGCCAUGGCCUUGACUUGCAUCUACGUCCGCUGCCCCAUCCUGCAGCGGCUCCUUCUUUGCUCGGACCGAGAGCGAUCGCUGCUGAGAAGCCACACCGCUGGCGGCACCAGCUCGUCUGGCUCAGACUGA